AUGAGCAGUUUAACCCACAGAAUAUUACUGGGAGAAUUUGACGGAUCUUGCUCCGAUGAUGAUGAGAUUGCAAUGGCGCAAUUGAUCAUGGCCAGGCAAUACCAAAAAUUUCAAAGAAGACGCCAACAAAGAGGUCAUGUUGGUUCUACAAGCGGUCGAGCCUGGAUCUCCCGUGACAGAGUUGCUGCUAACCAACGACUCAAUGAUGAUUACUUUUGUGAGUAUCCGCUCUACGACGAAAAGUUGUUUCAGCAACGUUUUCGAAUGAGUCGGCCCUUAUUUCACAAGAUCUUGGGCAAACUCCAACAACAUGACGUGACGUUCGUCCAAAGGAAUGAUGCGACGGGAGUUGCAGGUCUUUCUGGUAUCCAAAAGAUGACAGCAGCUCUGAGGAUGAUGGCAUACGGGACGCCUGCUGAUAGUCUUGAUGAGUAUCUCAAGAUUGGGGGAAAUACAGCAGUUGAGUCUCUUCAAAGCUUCUGUAGAGGUGUUAUCUCUAUUUUUGAAGCAGAAUACUUGAGAAAACCAAAUGAAAGAGAUACUGCAAGGCUCCUACAUGUGGGCAAUCAACGUGGUUUUCCUGGAAUGCUAGGCAGCUUGGAUUGUAUGCAUUGGCAGUGGGACAAAUGUCCAACUGCUUACCAUGGCUUCUUCAGUGGCUGCAGCGGAAAACCCACUAUUGUACUUGAAGCAGUUGCAUCGUAUGAUUUAUGGAUUUGGCAUGCUUUCUUUGGCAUGCCUGGGUCAUUCAACGAUAUCAACGUGCUUGAUCAAUCUCAUCUCUUUGAUGAUCUCAGUGCCGGUCGUGCCCCUCCAGCCCAUUUUGUUGUUAAUGGGAGUCAGUACGACAUGGGGUACUACCUUUCUGAUGGUAUCUAUCCAAAAUGGGCGACUCUCGUCCAAACCAAUUCUCAACCACAAGGAAGAAAGAAGCAACACUUUGCGAGGAUGCAGGAGGCAUGUCGCAAGGAUGUUGAAAGGGCAUUUGGCGUACUCCAAGCACGCUGGGCAAUUGUGAGAGGACCGGCGUGA